AUUAUAUACAUAUAUAGAAUAGUCAGCUCAAAUGAUUCUUUAACCAAUAAUGAGUUCUUCUGGAACAUCAAGUGAUAAUUUAAGACGUUAUAUAGAGGGAUGGCUUGAACAUAAAGAGAAGCGUAAAUACCUUCAACAUUGGUUUGUUUUAAAAGGAAAGCUUAAUUCCAGUGCCCAAUUAGAGAAGGCGUAUUUAUUUUGUUUUAAAAGUAAAGACACCAAAGAUAAAAGUCAGGCUAAUGAUGAUCAAACAAGACAACGCUGGAUUUAUGCUUUUUGCAAUUUGGUGGGCAAGCAAUUUCCUCCAUUGGAAAUUCCAACAGAAAUCAGUUCCAUCCAUUGUGAACCUGUUGAGAAAAAAACACCAUUGAUGACGCCUAAGUUUUUGUUUGGUCAUGUUCAUGGUCGUUCAAAAAGUCAAAAUGACUUGAGUAAGACUUUAGAAGAAGCAAAUUUUCCAAUAACAAAACGGGGUUUAACUCUGCAAGUAAAUGAAGAUAAAGAAAAAAGGUCACUAAGUCAAAUAGCAUGGUAUUACAGCGGAAUGACACGAGUUCAAGCAGAGGAAUUACUUUCAACAGAAGCAGUUGGCUCCUUUUUACUUAGAGAUUCUGAAAGUCAUUCUGGAAACUUCACUCUUACUUACAGAGACUUUGACAAGAUAAAAAACCACAUGAUCUGCUCAACUGAAAAAGGUCAAUACAAAUUCUGUGAAACUGAGAUAAAGCAACAGUUCAACUCACCAUCAGAAGCUGCAAUAAUUUUUAUGUUUACUGCAAAAAAUGCUACAGCACCAAGAGCUUAUGUAAGAAGUCCAACUGAUAUAAUAUUAGAAGUUAAACCUAAAAAGUCACCUGAUUCUUAUCUGAAAUAUAAUUAUUUAGAUACUAAAGAUAUAGAGGUUGCUGAUAAUUUGGUCAUUAAAAGAGAUAGUUUAAAAAGUGAAAAAAAUGACAACAAAAGUGAAAAUGAAUGCGAAAAUAAUCGUGACUCGGUAUACGAUUAUUUUGACAGCCAAUCUUAUCUUGAAGGAAAUUAUGUUGAUGAAACUCUAACCAAAGUUGUUAUUGAACCUCCAUCAAAUGCCCCAGUUCUACCUGAAAAAAAAAAUUCAAAUGUUUCAUCACUUUUCAAUCCAAGGACAUGUAAAAAAGAUUCAUCAUCAACAAAUGCUGUACCAAUAGCACCUGAAAGAAAAAUUUCAGUUGAAGUUUCAUCCUCUAAUCUUUCGGAAAAUCAAAAAUCAGAUUCAUUGCUGUCUAAACCUGUUAGAAAAACCUCUGUAGAGGCAAGUUCUAAUGCUCCAGCUAGAAACACAUUACCAAAUGAAACCAAGCGAAAAAUUUCAGUUCUGAAAUCACCUGCAGAUCGUUCAAAAAUAAUCACUACUUUACCUGUUUCCUCUUCAAGUAUGCAAGAUACAGAUUCUUAUAUAAAAAUGGGUCCUGGGACGUCUAGUUUAUCAGGCAUAGAUAAAGAUGGAAUUUCAGAAAAAGAUAAUGGUUUGUCUUCAAUUUCAUCUAGCAACAUCAAUUCAGAUAGCAACGUUAAUUCGCAUAGCAAUGGUGUAACCAGUGUAGAAGUUCACUCUGAAUCUGAUCUUCAAUCAGUCUUACCAGAUGCAAGUUCUCGUACCAAAAUAAGUUCUGAUACAGUUAUAGAACCAUAUAUGGAAAUGCAAGGAGCAAGUCCAGAAAAGCAAAAAAUUGCUCAUCCAAAUUCAGGGUCGCUUGAUGAUCCAAACAACUCAGGAGGAAAAUCACCAAACCUUCCACCUCCUAGAAAAUCAGUAGUCAAUAGAGCAGGCAAACCAGAUUCAUUAAAUUUAUCAACCAAUUAUAACUCAGGUAGUAAGUAUGUCAACAUUUUAGAUACUGUGAUACGUUUUCCUCCAGCUCUCGUUUCUAGUUCUGCGCAAAGUGAUCCAUUCUCGGUUGAACACUUUUAUUUGAGUGGAAUUAUUACAAAGAGUGACUCUCCAAAAAAUGAAAGUGCAUCUUUUGUUGCAUCACCAGAUCCUGGAACACCACCUCUCCCACCAAGAUGCGAAAAACCAUUGCGUUUAUCAAAGCUUUCGUAAAUCAAUUUACGGAACCUUUUAUUCUUAAAACUGGUUGACAGUCUACGUUAAAGUUCUGCAUUUUAAUAAAUGAAUACUUUUCAUUCA